AUCAGCCCUGUUUAGGGCUUCAGAGACCCUCUGUGAUUCAUCAUCGCCGGAUUUUCUACUUCAGAUCCCGAAACUCCGAGAAACGAGACGCUGCUCUGUUUGUUCACGAACCCAUCCAUCCAUUAAUCAUCCGUCCAUCCAUCCAUCAGCGUAUUUGUGGCCUCAACAGAGAAUGAUGGAUCUUCUGUGUGUCCGCAGGCUCUUUGUUCAGCUCAUCUCAGCUGUGCUCCUGAUGUCAUCGAAGUACAUUUCGGCUCUACGGGUGGACAUAACUCCUGAAACAGCUCUGUUCGGUCUGGGUGAGCGUCAGCAGCUGGUCUGCUUGUUUCAGGGCUGUACCACAACGCCAAGUGUUUCCUGGUCCAUUCUGGGGGACCGGCCUCUGAGCGGGUCCAUCAGCACCAACCAAACUUGUUCUGUGUUGACCUUUGAGCAUGUAAAGAUGGAGCACGAUGAAGCGAUACUGUGUACAGUCAGCUGCAAUGGAGACAGGAAACAAGCGAAACGCUCGGUGCAGGUUUACUCCUUCCCGUCGGACCCUGUCAUCACAGGCCAGGAUAAUGUCAAACUGGGGGUAAAGUCCACCCUGACCUGCAAGGCAUUUAACAUAUAUCCUGAUGAGGAGGUGAACAUCACUUGGCACAGUGGGAACACUAUUCUGCAGACCACAGUGCAAGAUGGUGAAUCCGGGGCAGUCCAGUCUGACUACAACUUCACAGCUGAAAACACGGAUCAGGGAAGAAAUAUCACCUGUAGGGUCACACUGAAGCUGAAGGACCUGCCAGAUAACAAGAGGACCAGAGAAAGCGCAGUGCCAAUAAAUGUCCUAUAUGCUCCUGUCGUGAAGAAGUUGGAGUCUAAGGAAGUUAUGGCCGGCUCUCCGCUCACUCUCACCUGUUUGGCAGAGGGAAAUCCUGAGCCGACCAUCACCUGGAGUUUCAGGACAGCAGAUGGCCGAACUCUGCAACGCGGUCAAGGCGGUCAGCUCAACUUCACAGCGGUGGAACUGUCCGAGGCUGGACGGUACGAGUGUGAUGCGCAAAACACGGAAGGAACCCACAGUAGCACCGUGGACGUCACGGUUCACAGUCCACCCACUAACACCUCCCUCUCUGUAAUUCCGGGUGAGGAGGUGGUGGAGGGUCAGCAGGUAACUUUUGUCUGUAGCUCAGAGGGUGCUCCACUCCCCAGACUGGUGCUGAGCAGGAAUGGGACAGAACUUCAAAGCGUUGACAGAGCGUCCACGAUAAUCUUCAACCUGUCUUCCGCCCUGCUCGAACACUCUGACGUCUACCAGUGUGAUGCCUCUAAUCUGUACGGAUCCCAGCUGGCCUCCAGCUCCAUCACUGUCAGAGGUGCAGGUCAAAUGUCUCGUUCCUCCAACAUGAGGGUGGAGUUCUACUUACUUCUCUCUCUCUCUCCAGCGUUUCCAUUUGAUCCCGUACUGGAGAAUCCUGGCCCUGUCCUGCUGGGUGAAGAAGCAGUCUUCCACUGUGAUGUCAUUAAUGUCUUCUGGGCUAAUCAGCUGAGGAUUCAGUGGCUUUUGGGAAACAAAACGGUGGCGGAAAAAUUGUUCAGUUUCUCCAGUGUUUUACAAAACGUCUCUUUUAGUCUCCAUCACCGGGUUGACGAGGAUCAUCAGGUGCUGACCUGCAGCGCAGACCUACUGCAAGAAGGCGGAGACUUGUGGAGGUCCAAGAGGACCAGCAUCCAUCUGCAGGUCCACUAUCCUCCGAGGAACACAUCACUGUUAAUUAGGCCAGACGAGGAGCUGGUGGAGGGUCGUCACGUGACCUUUAGCUGUCACUCAGAUGGAGCUCCGGCCCCAGCACUGGUGCUGAGCAGAAACGGGAUGGAGCUUCAAAGAAUCACACCAGCCACCUCAUCACCACUGACCUUCACCUUCUCCCCCAUCCUCCUGGAACACUCUGACCUUUACCGGUGUGAAGCAUCCAACAAGUAUGGAUCUGAAGUGGCUUCUCACUCCAUCACUGUCAAAGCUCCUCCGAGGAACACCACAGUCCACAUCCUGCCGUCUACAGUGGUCCAGGAGGGGCAAAAUGUCACUGUCUGCUGCCAAACCAUCAGUUUCCCACCGUCAGCUGUGAUUCUCAAGAAAAUGACCAAUGGCACAGAGCUAUAUUCUACUAAUGGAACUUUCCUACUGGUCAAUCUCACAGCCAAAGACUCGGGGUUAUACCAGGUCAACGUGACCAAUGACCUUGGGUACCAAGUCAAAAUCUUCAGCAUCAGUGUCAGAGAGAGAAGUACCAAGCUUCCACCCAGUUUCAGCGUCAUCAUCAUCCCAGCUGUCUGCAUCGCCACUGUUCUAGCAGCUUCUGCUCUGUUCCUCGACUACGUGAGGAGAUCCAGGAAGAAAGGCUUUUAUCAACUGCCCCAGUCUGCUCCACCUUCAGCCUGAGGCCAACCCUGGCCUAAAAGGCCCCUGGUUCAUGCAGCUACCAAGUGUGUAGCAUCAACACAUCUGAAUCUAUGGCUGUCAGAUUUUUUUUAAAUGUGACUACCAUGUGCAUGUGGCUGCUGCAGGACAAUAUCUCAAUAUGACCGAUGGCUUUUAUUUCAACAUGUGCUUUGUGCUUUUAAACACAUGGCUUUGAUAUUCAUAAGUGUGACCAUGUUGUCCCAGCAAUAAGCGGCUAACAAAUGACAUAAUGAUUUUCAGCAUCCAGGAACAUGUGGCUAUAUUGUCUUUCCGUGUGGUUAACACGUUCCAUCACAUGGCUACAUGUCACAUGUAACUGCCAACUCUGCAGAUGUGGUUUACAGUUCAUGGCCUAAUCACAUCCCAUUGUAUGGCUACUGCUUUAUGUGGUUAUGUAACAUGUGAAUUAGACAUGCUGAUGUGUGGCCACCACUUCUAAUAAGGCAUUGUGUGCUAACCAUCUCCAAUUAUGUGGUUACCCCAUCUUGACCUAUAGCUAGCAUUUCCUAAAAUGUGACUACUACCUCUUAAUGUUUUACUACCACUUCUCACAAUCCCAACAUGGUAUAAGCCUCUCGAUACACCCUCACAUCCCAACAGGAAUUGCCAUACAGUUAUCUUCCAUUUGCUAAAAGCAGGCGUGUAUCACGGCAUGUGAUAAUAUCAAACCCUAUCCUAUCCUGUCGUAUCCUGUCACAUCUUAUCCUUGGUUAUUGUGACAUGGGAAUUCUACCUCCUGAUAUACAGUUUAAAUAUUUCAACAUGUGGCUUGCUAUCUGUUCACACAUGAAGCUAAUUUUGUCCAACAUGUGACAAAACUACCCAGAAACCACUCCCAAGUUCAUGGCUGCCACACUUUAAAAUGUGGCUGUUCUUCCAGCAAGUUACCAACAUCCAUGGCACUAAUCAAUACGUGACUACAAGAGUCCAGCUUGAAAAAUAAACACUACCUAUGGCUCAAUAAUCUUAUAUGCAAUAAUGUUCACUGUCAGUUUUCAGCAGCAUUUUAUUCUCUUAUCAGGGUGAGCUGAGUUAAUGACUUUUCAGUGACUGUGAACUUUCCUCUCAGUGAGAGCUACUCAGCUUAAAGAUUUGUGGAAAGCAAAGAUGUUGCUCAACUUGUUAAUGGAGACUUUCUGACUGACACCAUAUGGCUGAACUCUCCCAGAAAGUCUUCAGUCUCCUCCGAACUCUCGCCGUGGUACUGCUGCACACUUGGUGUGAUGUGGAAUUAUCUGCAGAGUUAUAAGAGAUGAUAUGUAAAUAUGUGUACAGUUUCUUUUUGCUUGCUUUCAAUAAAGAUAUUUAUGUCUUUA